CUGGCAGGAGGGAAGAAAGUGACUGAUAGCACAGUGUGGCCGACUUUCAGAUGGAAUAGUCCAGUUCCUGGGCCAUUUUUGUAAAAGAAGACAUUUGGAGUAUCUUCUUGUUUUGAUCCUCUGGGUCUGUAGGCCCCAGUCAGGAUGAGCUGUAUUCCUGCCUCACACAGUAUGAGCACCAUUCUAAGUCAAGUAGAAUCUCAGAUGGAGGACAGUCCAGGUCAAAGAAGAGGGAGCAAAGCCUACCAGAUCUUCCCUGAAGCCAACACGGAUGAAGAUGGAGAUUCCAGCUCCUAUCCUGAAGACUUUCUUUACAAGAGGGAACGUCUUCCUUCUAUAGUUGUGGAGCCCACAGAGUGCAAUGAGCCAGAGAACGGGGAGCUGCGCUGGCCUCCAAGAUCCCUAUUGGGCCACAAUGUGGAGGAGGAGGAGGAGGAGGAGGAAGACAGCAGUGUUGAUCACACAGACGGUUCUAUGGAUGCAGAGCAGCAGGAGGACACAGGGAUGGAAGAAGGCUUGAUUGCGAGGAAGUCUUCCAUCGGACCGUCCCUGAGUCAACUGUCCCUCUCCCGGCUGACCCCUCCCGCCUCCCCGACUCCCCCUGAGGCCGCCCCACCCUGCCUGAGGAGCUGAACCGGUGCAACCAGUAUGGACUGAUGGCACUGCAGUUCACCUGAACUGUAACUUUUAUGAUGUGUAACCUCUGCGUGUUUGACUUUCCCAAUGAAAGAGAAACCCUAUGGGAAGGUUGAGAUGACUACACAUUUCAGAAUGUCUGCACUAAGUAUGGUCCAUUUCUAAUAAGUAACACUAAGCAGUUUCCAGUACUGCUAUUUUUGGAUUGAUACCUCUAGUUUAAAUUAAUUUGUGCUGCACUUUGUGGGCACUCUAUCUGACACAGUGGACUAAAGGUAACCAGAGACCGUAGCAACAACCUCCUGGAAUCUUUCCUUUGCGACUCAAACCUCAUCCCAUGGCAAAUAAGCAUGUGAUGAACGACUGUCAGGGCCAGUUUACUAAUCACUAGCAUGAAAGCUCAUCCCAGGCCCAGCAGUUGUAGUUGAAGUGGCCUGUGUGGGUGUUUUUAAAUGAAGGACUUUAGGAAGUCCCAAUGGUUUGAACUAAGUUCUGACCAAUACGGUUUAUGACAGUUGUUCCCAACUGGUCCAGCAAUGGAGUCCUCUGUGGUCAUUAGUUCAAGGUCCACACAGUUUAAUGUAUUCCACG